AUGCAGACCGCAUCAGGAGCCCACAGCAGUAUUGCAGAAGCAGCGGGAGGGAAGGAAGAGGAUUUCCAGCACCCAGGGCCCUCUUGGCCCCAGUGCGCUCUGCCAAGGAGCCCCCGCUGUCCUGUCUUCCCGCUUCAAUCUAUACGACUAUACAGCAUCGAGGUCAAAGGACCGUCCGAGGGAGAGAAGCAGCUGCCCUACACCGAAAGGCAACCCCAGCGCUACAGUGACAACCCAGCUGCCACUGCCAGGUCGGUGCCGCGGGCACGCGUGGUCCAGGCAGCCGUGGGUUCGGAGCGCCGGCAAGGCGUCGCCACGAUGAAGUUCAAGAGUCCCCCAGUCAACAGCCUCAGCCUGGAUUUCCUCACCGAGUUUUGCAUAAGCCUGGAGAAGCUGGAGAACGACCGGGCCUGCCGGGGCGUGGUCCUCACAUCUGCCAUCCCCAAAAUCUUCUCAUCUGGCCUGGACAUCACCGAGAUGUGCGGGAAGAGCAUGGAGCACUACGCCGAGUUCUGGAGAGCUGUGCAGGAGAUGUGGCUCCGGCUGUACGGCUCCAACAUGGUGACAGUCGCUGCAGUCAAUGGGUCCAGCCCGGCGGGAGGCUGUCUCGUUGCCUUGUCGUGUGACUACAGGAUCAUGGUGGAGAACCCCAAAUUCAGCAUCGGCCUGAACGAAGCCCAGCUGGGCAUUGUGGCUCCCUUCUGGUUUAAGGACACAUUUGUGAACGUUGUGGGACACCGAGUUGCUGAACGCUCCCUCCAGCUGGGCUCCCUCCACCCCACACCCGAGGCCCACAAGUUUGGCCUUGUGGACGAGCUGGUGCCAGAGGACAAGCUCCAGGAGAAGGCCGCGGCUGUUAUGGCACAGUGGCUGGCCCUUCCCGACCAUGCCCGUCAGCUCACCAAGUCCAUGAUGAGGAAGGCAGUGUUGGACCGCCUGGUAGCUCACCGGGAGGAAGACGUUCAGAACUUCAUCAGCUUCAUCUCAAAAGAGUCCAUCCAGAAAUCGCUUCGCAUGUACAUGGAGAUGCUAAAGAAGAAGAAGAGCUGAGGAGCCGGCCAGCUGGGGUCCGGUCCCAGGAGCUCGAGUGACCCUUCGAAACGCUGCAGUAGCUGUAGACUUUCACAGUGAAGCCAUCUGCAGUGUCAGCAACCGGUGAUGUGCUGCCUGCUCCCGUGGCCGCCCCAACCGCCCCUUCCCCUUAGUCCCCAUAGAGUGCCUGACACCACCGCUGCCUUUCCUGAGAGCGGAGGGAGCUGCCUGCUCAGCUCCUCUGAGGAACGGACAGGGAGAGGGUCUCGACACCGCUGUGGCCCGAGCCCGCCGGUCCUUGGAUGUCCUCCCUCCUGUCCAACAGCUAAUUGUGAAAUGAGAUGUGUCAAUAAAGUCUUUGAUGAGGUAGGA